GGGCUGCGUAAGUUGCUGCUAAAGGAGCUUGUGCUGCUGUCAACCGGGGAACUUGGAUAACCCUUUCACUCGACCAAAGCUUUCAUUCACGCUUGAUUCUGUUGCACUAGUAUGACGAAAGCAAAAGAACUACUGGAUCCGGCCUUGACCUAUGAGAAGAAAACAGAAUGGUGUGAUUUCAUCUAUGAAGAUCGCGAGAAAUUGGUAAUCCCAGUAGGACCAAGGUUUCAGGCUGAUGUUCCAGAUUGGCCCAACUAUCAGAAUAAGGGAACUCCAGUUAUAGCAGCAGAUAUUGCAUUAAGAGCUUCUAUUCCAUCAAAGAAGGAAAUGGUAUGCAAGUAUAAAGAGGAGGAAUCUGAUACUUCAAAAUGGCUUGGUACACCGGUGUGGCCAACAGAUGACAAUCUAGAAAACAAGGAAGUUAACGAGGAGUUGAUUGGGAAAGGGAGAAACAAACAUUGUACUUGUGAGUCCCCUGAAUCUGUUGAAUGUGUUAAAAGACAUGUUAAAGAAGAAAUCACGAAGUUGAAGUCUGAACUGGAGACAGCCUUUAAUAUCUGGAAGUUUGAUGAGAUGGGAGAAGAAGUUUCCAAGUUGUGGAACACUAUGGAACAAAAAACGUUCAGCUCCCUCGCUGAGAUGAGUCUGUCUAAAGGUAAAAGCUUCUUGAAACCAGCAUUAACAUCUCUUCCUUCCAAGAACAGGCAAAGCAUCAUCAACUAUUACUUCAAUGUUCACAUUCCUCAGCGUAUCAGAUCAAGUUGUAAAACAAUUAACACAGAUGAUGAAGAGGAGGAAGAGGAGGUCACUACUCCCAAACGUUCUCGUAAAAGGAAUCGAGCAAAAAAUAGUGCCUCUUCUAGUUCUAAAUCUAUGAAGACAAAGUACCUAAGUGGUCGACGAUGACACUGGAAGUAUCAAUACACAUUCAUUUUUUGUUGACAUAGAAAUGGAACAUACAGAGGAAAAUGUAGUUUAUCUCUCAAUCCUGGGAGAAUUUUGGGAUGGGGUUCACAUUUUAUACAUAGGUUUUAAAGCCAAGAAAAGGUGACAUUUUUUGGAUAUUGAUGCAAAGUAUUUUGGUCUGAUAGGAUAGCACAACAAAAAAGUAUACAUAAAUAUAUUGAUUGCUACAA